UAUGUCACAGAGAUAUUGGGCACGGGAUUAGUAAAUUCGACUUUGAGUAAUUGUUACACAGGUCAAACUUCAUGCACAGGAAUCCUAGAUUACUGUUGAAUCUUCUUUGCCCUCCACUGAGCUAGGCACGGGCCAUUCACCAUUCUUCCUUGUCCAAUAUCUUGCCUCUGAUGCAUAUCUUGUUUAAUUAUUCUACUGUAAGUCUGUAACUGCUGUCACGAUUUGACUCACCUUUUCGCUGGGUAUUGUUUUGUCGGGAAGCAAGAACCUUCCACUUGUAGGUGAGACAUGAAGUUAACCAACCAAGGCAACCACCAACGGCCACAAUCAGAUAAUGGAAGCUAGAAGAGAGGAUUUGAAAACUGUAGCAACACCAAAAUCAAUGUGGAAAACCCUUUCUAUGUAAAAGGAGAAAAACAAUGGGCAAUGGAAUCUACUAAUCCAUUUCAUUAAAAUACAUGAGGUUCAACCACACCUAGAACAUGCAGUGAGCUCUUCCAUACACAAGCUAUUACAACACCCACUGCGAAUUACAAGCAUGUGCUAACCACUUUCUCUAAGAGCUAACAUUACUUACUUGGAAGCUUGGUACAACUUUGUAGAAGAAGAAUUAGAAAACUCACGCUCAUGCCUUCCAUCAUGAAUGCAAAAGCAACCUUGAACGAGUAGAAUGCCCUAAACCCUCUAUCUCUCUUUUCUCUCGUGUCUUCUAAUUUUCAGACCACCCUAAGACUAGCGAGAAGCUCUCUUAGAAAUAGACAGGCUACAAGGCCAUGGGCUUAAGAUACAACUCAUGGGUCUGGCCGAUUUAGCAAACACACAUAGACCAACAUGUUUAACAUUGUUUGGGGCCUUGGUGGUGGAUGUUUUAUGGUGCAGUGUUCUGAACUGGCUGCAUUACCAUUCUGCAGUUUCUCCGUAUGGCAAAUUCUUGUAGGUAUAUGAGAUUCAGUUCAGUUGUCGUCUCUCAAUCUUGAGUGUCCUUUGUUUUCAUUUUGUCCAUUGUUAGGUCUAUUCUAGAUGGCAACUUCUUGUCAUUGACUUGAUUCUGAAAGUCAUCAAGAAUGUACAAGCCUUAAUUGAGGCAUAUUUCUUUAUGCCUUAUGUAAAUUUCAACUUUCUUCUGGGAGUUAUUGCUUUCACUAUUGAGGAAUGCCAAUGCAUUUCUGAUAGGCACUUCCUGUUCGUGUGGUGCUUGCUGUUGAUCAUACUGCAUGAUAUAGAUGGCUUGAAGGAGUUCAUGAAGUUUGUCUAUUCACAACAGGACUUUGCUAUGGGAACACGAAGCCUUUUAUGGGAUAUCACAAAAAAGUAUUUUACAGUUGGUUUGAUUGGGCUUACUGUUUCAGAUCGAUAUGCAAGUAUAGUGUCUGUUCGUGGCUCGUCUAUGUCUCCAGCAUUUAAUCCAAGAAGUGACACCAAUGACUAUGUGUUGGUGGAGAAAUUUUGCCUUGACAAGUACAGAUUUUCACAUGGUGAUGUUGUAGUCUUCAGCUCGCCAAGCAAUCACAAGGAGAAACACAUAAAGAGGAUAAUAGGAUUGCCAGGUGACUGGAUAGGAACACCCAAUAUGGACGAUGUGUUGAAGGUUCCAGAAGGACAUUUUUGGGUUGAGGGAGAUAAUUCUGUUUCUAGUCUGGAUUCAAGAUCCUUUGGCCCGAUCCCUCUAGGUUUGAUUCGUGGAAGAGUGACCCACGUUGUAUGGCCACCUCAGAGAAUGGGUCGUGUUGAAAGAGAAACUAAUCAGCGUCCACUUUCCUCCUUACAAGAUAGGCCCGAAUUCUACUGAGGCUGGAGUGAAUUUGUUGAUCAUUUUAUCGGUUGUCUCUUCUAAGCAUCAACCCAGUUUUAUAUACUCUUAUUUCCUUUUCAUGGGUCAGCCAUUAAAUUUUGGCUUCAUUCCGUAAUUCUCAACUUCAUCUAUCAGUCUUUGAAAUGCUUAGGUGUAAAACAGGCUUUUGUAAAUUUAAGAUUUACUACUUUCUUCUGUUUCACAUCACCAAUUUUGUAUUUGAAGAGAUUAGUCAAUAAUUUUUGGAGAAAAUGGAGGAAAAUUGUUGUAUGUUCA